GACAUUACUUUUUCUUCCGAGAGAGAGAGAGAGAGAUUAUAAGAUUCAACGGAUCCCUUCUUCUUCUCUCUCCCCAAAAUAGCUUCUUCCCAAAACCCUAAAAAACCCAACAUCUGAAAACGUCUCUCUUUUCUCAUGUCUUCGAAUCUUCUUCAUCUCUUCGUCCUUUGGCUUCUGUUAAGAUUCGAAGCUUCUUAUUCUUCAUCUGACGGCAUCGAGAUUGCGAGGAAGCCGUUGCGUUCGAUCCUACGAGCGAUCAACGUCCCAGAUCUCGUGGAAGCUGCCGUCGACCUGAACUCCACGAAUUUUGAUCAGGUCCUCAAAGAAUCCCCGGCUUCAUUCGCCAUAGUCGAAUUCUUCGCCCACUGGUGUCCUGCCUGUCGAAAUUAUAAGCCUCAUUAUGAAAAGGUCGCCAGGCUUUUCAAUGGACCUGAUGCAGUGCAUCCUGGGCUUAUACUCAUGACAAGAGUAGAUUGUGCAUUGGAGAUAAAUAAAAAGCUUUGUGAUAGAUUUUCAGUUGGCCAUUAUCCUAUGCUGCUUUGGGGUUAUCCUCCUAAGUUUGCGUCUGGUGGAUGGGAACCUAAACAAGAUGAGAGUGAAAUACAGUCCAUUGAUGAUGGGCGGACGGCUGAUCGCUUGCUUAAUUGGAUCAAUAAACGAAUGGGCAGGGAAUUCAACUUGGAGGACGAGAAAUAUGAGAAUAAACAGCUGCUUCUUCCAAAUGCUUCAGACCCUGGCCAGAUUGCUCGAGCUGUAUAUGAUGUCGAAGAAGCAACGGCUAAGGCCUUUGACAUCAUCUUGGAACACAAGAUGAUCAAGUCGGAGACUCGAGCCCCGCUUAUAAGGUUCUUCCAACUCUUGGUGGCUCAUCACCCUUCUAAAAGGUGUCGAAAAGGUAGUGCAGAAAUAUUAGUGAACUUCAAUUAUCUGUGGCCAUCAGAUCUUUGGUCAGCGGGUAGGCAAGAUGCUGUUAUUUCUCAUGAGAGGGAUGCACUUAAGAGUUUCCGGAUAUGCGGAAAAGAAGUUCCUCAUGGAUUUUGGAUAUUUUGCCGCGGAAGCAAAAACGACACCAGGGGAUUCAGCUGUGGCUUGUGGGUUCUAUUACACUCACUCUCAGUAAGGGUAGAGGAUGGGGAGAGUGAUCCAGCAUUUACAGCUACAUGUGAAUUCAUCCACAACUUCUUCAUCUGUGAGGAAUGCCGGCGACAUUUUUAUGAGAUGUGUUCAAGCAUUUCUGCCCCAUUAAACACUACACGGGAUUUUGCCCUGUGGUUGUGGAGUGCACACAACAAAGUCAAUGAGAGGCUAAUGGAAGAAGAAGCUUCUUUAGGAACUAGUGACCCGAUAUACCCAAAAAUGAUAUGGCCACCAAGGCAGCUCUGCCCGUCAUGUUAUCUCUCUCCAAGUGUGAAACUCAACGGCACGAUUCGAGUCGAUUGGAACAAAGAUGAAGUCUUCAAGUUCUUGGUUGGGUAUUACGGAAAGAUGCUUGUGUCGGCGUCUAAGGGUCUUGUGGACACUGGGACCGAUUCAUCGGCGGCUGACAAUAUGGUGGUUUCAACAAGUGGGCUUUCUUCGUCAGUACCUUUUGGUGCAGCAUUGGCCAUUGGUCUAGCCUGCUGUGCAUUUGGGGUACUUGCUUGCCUAUGGAGGUCACAGCAGAAGAAUCGGAAGUACUUAUACCAACUACACUCUUUAAAGAACACAUGAUUAGUAGGAGGGCCGAGGAGUCGUCGGAGUGGAGAUCUCCCCAAGAGCAAACUAGGUGUUGCCAUUAACUAAGGUGCACAGCUUGAGUUUUACUGGUGGUCAGUUGAAAUGCAUGUUUCAAUCUGCCCGAGGUUUAUUUUAUUUUAUUUUAUCUAUAUAUCUUUUUGUCUGUCAUUUGAUAUUAAUUGUGAAAAAGAAGAAGAAGGGGGGGGGGGGCCCAGAACUUAAUUUGUCAUGUCUGGCGUUCAAAAUCUUUCAUAUGAUUUGUACAUUGCUGCUUUGGUUUAAUGAAAAUCACUGGUUCUUACAA